CAAACAGCCUUUUGUUCUGAUACAUGAAGUGGGGCUCUUAACUUCACCUCACCAAGAGCCUAUGCCCUCUUGCAACUUUUAUGUCCUUUUAUAUUAACUUAGUACUCUUCUCAUUAACCCUAAAAUAAUCUUUUAUGCUGCUUAUUGCUGCCCAAGAUUUGCAACCAGCUUUCCUUUAUUGUUCAACCCAAAUCUUUCAGGCAAGAAACUUUGGAAUCAACUUCAAGCCAACAGUCACUUUCAAGAAAUCAAGUCCUCAACUUGAAGAUCUUUCCAUAAGUUUUCUUGUUUAACUCCUCCUUUUCGCACCCAAAUCUACAAAUCUGCACACUCAGUUAGUGUUCUUGAGUUGAAAGUUGUUAACUUUUUCCUUUUUUGUGCUGUUUUUCUUUUGGAUUUAUGAAUCUUGAUGCCCUUUUUCUUAUUUUUUAGCUAAAAUUUUUGUGGGCUUUUAGUUUUUUCUAUAUCCAAGCACUAUCCCCAUCUGGGUACCUACAAACUUUUUUAAAAAAGACACCUUUUUUAAGUUUCAAGUAAUCUUAUCUACUUGUUGUUCAACUUUGAGCAUAAUUAUGAGGAACCCAACAAGGGUUUGCAAACUUUGUGUGAUAGUUAUGUUGAUUCCAUUCCUGAGUUGGGUUGAGUCAGUGAAUGGGAUUGGGGCUAAUUGGGGAACACAGUGUUCUCACCCACUGCCUCCAGAAACAGUAGUGAGGAUGCUUUUGGAUAAUGGGAUCCAAAAAGUGAAGCUUUUUGAUGCAGAUUAUGGUGCUUUAAGAGCUCUGAGUAAGUCUGGAAUUGAAGUCAUGAUUGGAAUCCCUAAUGAUAUGCUUGCUACCAUGGGUAACUUAAAGGCUGCUGAAAAAUGGGUUUCAAAAAAUGUUUCAGCCCAUCUUUCUAAUAGUGUUGACAUCAGAUAUGUGGCAGUUGGAAAUGAACCAUUCUUAGCAACAUAUAACGGAUCUUUUUUGAGAACCACUUAUCCGGCGCUUGUAAACAUCCAACGCGCUCUAGUAAAUGCUGGGCUCGGGGGGAAAGUUAAAGUCACCGUGCCCCAGAAUGCUGAUGUCUACUCUAGCGGCUCGGCAGGGGGCCCAUCCAAUGGUGAUUUCCGGGCUGACAUCCAUGACUACAUUUUCCAAAUCACCAAAUUCUUGAAUGACAACGGGUCUCCUUUCACAGUCAAUAUCUACCCGUUCAUAAGUCUUUAUAUUGACUCAAAUUUCCCGGUUGAAUACGCUUUCUUUGAUGGUCAAGCAACUCCUGUGAACGAUGGUGGGACGACCUACACCAACAUGUUUGAUGCUAACUAUGAUACCCUCGUGUGGGCCCUACAAAAGAAUGGGUUUCCCAAUAUGGGAAUCAUAGUAGGAGAGAUCGGGUGGCCUAGUGAUGGGGACCGGAACGCUAACAAUGAGUAUGCUCAACGGUUCAUGCAAGGGUUCAUGACUCAUAUAGCGGGCGGGAAAGGGACACCGAUGAGACAAGCGCCCAUCGAGGCGUAUUUAUUCAGUUUGAUUGAUGAAGACCAAAAGAGCAUUCAACCCGGUAACUUUGAAAGACAUUGGGGAGUGUUUUAUUAUGACGGGCAGCCCAAAUACUCGUUAAACCUCGGAACAACAACCAACGGCGCCCUCAUUCCCGCCCGUAAUGUGAGAUAUCUACAAAGGAAGUGGUGUGUUCUUAAGGAUUCAGUUAAGAUGGAUGACCCGUCGAUAGCUCAGUCGGUUAGUUACGCGUGUGCACUUGGGGAUUGCACGAGUCUCGGGUAUGGAACUUCUUGUGGCGAUUUGGAUGCUAAAAUGAACAUUUCGUAUGCUUUUAACAGUUAUUACCAGAUAAAUAACCAGCUUGAUGAGGCUUGUAAGUUCCCCAAUGUUUCAACCGUCACGAAAGACGACCCUACAACCGGGUCCUGCAGAUUUGGGAUCAUGAUCGAGCCGUAUUACGGAGGUGCUGACAGAAGGCUGGGCUCGGGUGGAUUUGUUGCAGGACUGGUACUGUUGUUGCUUACAAUUUUGUAAAUGACUCGUGUUGUUUUAUGUAUCAAACCAGUAAUCUUUUGGUGAAGAGCUUCGGUCUGAUUUGAGAUUUUGAGCUCUUCCGUUUUGUAUGCAACUUUUUUGGUUUUAUUUGGUUUUGAGACUGUUUCUGUGGCAGAUUUGUAA